UAGCUCAAGGACAUUACCGGCGCACAUCUAAACAGAUGUGGGCAGGGGUUGGUUUUGUUUUUUAAUUCAGUCAUCCGAAAUGGUCUUCUUUCAAAGUUUUAUUGUCAAUCCUGUAUUCAGUUUUACAAUGAUUUAUAUUGUCCUGACAGAUAAUUUCCGUCCACGUUUUGGAAUGUGACGUCAAUUAGAACCAUUUUACAUCAGAAUAUGUAGAUGACUAUAUUUACCUGUCUGUUAUUAAACCGUCGUAGCAAAAGUCAUCAAAACAUCAACUAUAAUCCAAAUGAGCCAACUGAAGACCUUAAAGCAUUUGAGCGUCGUCUUCGUGAAAUUAUCAAUGGUUUAGGUCCGAAAGCAUUUAAGUGGCGAAUUGUCCUGUCUGUAGCUGUACUUAUACUCUUAUGUUCAUCAUAUUGUUGGCUUGUCGACCCUAUCACAUACCAAGCCGGUUUUAUCGGUUCCUUGCAAAAACAUCCAGAAUUUGUAUUAAGUCUUUUGUUCCUCAUGGCUCUCUUUUUUUUGGGAGCACAUAAAAAAGUCGUUUUGCCUAGUAUCAUUGCUCAUCGCAGCCGAAUUGUUUUGGCAGAAUAUAAUAUGGCAUGUGAUAAUUCUGGGAAGCUCAUUUUAAGACCUAAACCUAAUCUCUAAUAAACUAUGUAUAAAUGCGUCGUGUACAUAAUGUAUAAAAAUCAGCCGUUAAGUCUUUCAUUAUAGUUUGCUUCGGACUAUAUGGAUAUAUGUAGUCGUACUGAAUAAUGGUCAGUCAACGGAUGAAAAGGAACAAUUAAAUCCAGAUUUUCAAGUUUAUUAUAUCAAUAUUCGUGUUAUGAAGAUUCCCGGAGUAUAAAAUUCAUAUUUACACUGUUUCGUAAGCUAUUCUUGGGAUUCUCCCCACUUUUUUUCAAACGUGCCAAAUUAUGUGAUUACUCUCAUCAAAAGAUUGACAAAUGAAAAGCUUAAUGUUGAUUCAUUUGUACCACUGAUUACUAGGAAAUAUAUUUUUCAGAAUUUGUCUUUAUGCUGUUUUUUGUUCAAUUCAUUAAUUACUUUUAUGUGAUUUGAGGAAAUGAAUUGCUUACUAGCCAACCAAACUUUUAUCCCUAAAGGUUAUUUAUCAUAAACCUCCUUGUUGUGUGAUCCUAUCCAAUGAGCAUACUUCAUUCUACUUGUAAAUUUGUAGAAGGCAGCAGUCUUGUGCACAGUUAAACGCAAACGUAUAGAGUCUAGAAUUAGUGCGAUUACAAAGAGGGUUUGUAACGGCUUAACUCGGGAGGAGCGUGGUUCAAACCCUGGACUCAAAGAUUGAAAAUGGAGUGCUAUAACUACACGCAAUUGAACCGCCUUACAAUUUUCGGCGGUACAGUCAUAUUGUAAAUAAGUUGUGACAAACUAGUUGUUCCAUUACUCUGAAAUAAAACCAUUUGUAUCA